CCACAAGAUGGUGCCUAAUAUCAACAAAUAGAAAAUGACUCUAAUUUCUAUUUCUGCUUGUCCUUUAGAACUUCACUCAGUGAUGAAAUGAAAAGAGUUUCUGUAUUAAUAACACAAAGAAACCUGCUGAAUAACUAAACCCACAUGCUGCCGAGACCCUCGAACCGGAGCGAACUAUUUUGUAACAUCUUCCAGUAAGGCACUGAAUGACGAACAGCAAAUAUUGUACUUUUGCAGAGCAGACGAGUGCGAGAUUAGCGGUGAGAUUAGCGCGGCCAAAACGGCAGAAAGUCUGAACCUGAACCUGCAGCUCGACUGAUUCCUUCUUACAGAAAAUUCCGGACAUGCAGGAGAAGAUGAAGAUCAACAACGUGGUCGCUCUGCUUGUCCUGCUUCAGCUCUGCCAAAACGCUGUCCUGAGCAUCAGCAGCACCUCCUGCCCUCCACUGUGCCAGUGUUUCUCUGCAACAACCGUCAUUUGCUCAGAUCCGCUGAUAAAGGCUUUGCCAGCGGACAUCCCUUCCCAGGCGACAGCUCUGAUCGUGAUAGCAUCUGGUCUGAGAAGGAUCACCAUUCAGGAGCAUCUGGGAAACCUGACCAAACUUGUAUUCUUGAACAACCCAGUGGAGAAUGUCUCCCAUGACGCCUUUAAAAGUCUGAUGAGUCUAGAGGAGCUGGAGAUUAGCGGAAGUCAUUUCUUGGUCUUAGAAGCUGGAACCUUUAAUAAGUUGGACAAGCUCACCAAGCUUCUUCUUAACAACAACAAGAUAACGCUUUUAGCACCAAGCAUUUUUGACUCUCUUGAGAAGCUUGAGACGCUUCAACUGCGAGGAAACAUGCUCACAAAUCUCCACAGGGAUAUUUUCCACAAGCUCUACAACCUCCAAGAGCUCAAUCUGGCCUCCAACAAGCUUCCUACAAUACACACGAGUAAGCUGAGCAAGCUGAAGAAGUUGGACUUAGGUUUGAACCAGAUCACCUGUCUGGCUGUGGACACCUUCAGAGGAAACCCUCAGCUGCAAAUUCUGUCCCUGAAGGGUAACCAGAUCGCUCAACUCACUCCGGGCAUCUUCAGCCAGCUGGACAACUUGAAGGAACUGAAUCUCAGAGGUAACAAAAUAUCAACAUUGAGUGCUGGAUUAUUCCCUUCCAAUCUGAAGAAGCUCAUGCUCAGAGGGAACUCCUUAGUCCAACUAUCCUCCGUGGCAUUUACUGGCCUUCACAAUCUCACUCAUCUGGACUUGUCUCAAAACCUGCUAUCUUCUCUUCCUGCAGAACUUUUCCACAACCUUUCCUCCUUAGAGCAUCUGGACUUAUCUGAGAAUACGCUUCAGGAGUUAGCCAGCACUGUGUUCAGAGGACUGCUCCAAAUCAGUGUCAUUGAUUUGCAGAAGAACAACCUAACCUCACUAGAAGCAGAUCUUUUCACAGAUCAGGGACAGAUGUCGCGCCUCAACUUGGCCAGGAACAGACUGGAGAACCUUCCGGACGGUGUUUUCGAGCCUUUAGACUUUGAGUGUUUGUUGCAGCUCCAUGGUAAUCCCUGGCUCUGCGAUUGCGACCUAAUGUACCUUCACGAGUGGUUGCUCUUCUACAGCAAGACCGUGGCGGACCUGAGUCAGGUUUACUGCGCUAAUCCCCAGCCUCUCAGGGGAAUGAGUCUGACCACCAUGAACAAAGAGCAGCUUGUCUGCGUAAACAGAUCCAUCUCUGAGACACGAAACAGCAUUAACCAGACCACCAGCACUGACUCUGACAGACAGUGCAGUCUCCAGGAAGCCAGUGGCAUCAUUGUUGUUAAGUGCAAGCUCAUGAAGUGUACUGAUUUAAAACUUGAUGUGUAUUUUCACCAGUCCGAUGGAAGGCCUUUAAAUUAUACUUUGACAGAACCUUGGCCAGAGUCUGUUCAGUGCUUCAAUGGGACGGUAAUCCUCACUGUUUUUCCUUAAGUUGUUCUUAUUAGUAAUUCAAUAUAGAGCUUUUAAAAUAAAAAAAAAAUAAUAAAUAAAAUAAAUAAAAAACAGGCUUCUACAAGGACACCUAAAACAUUUAAUAUAAUAAUAAAAAAGCGCCACUAAUGCCAUACGGGACAAUCUGGGAGGAUGAGAAAACUACUAUUCUAACUUCAUCAAUUUCCAUUUUAUUUACUAGACCUCACCGGCCUCUCUCUCUCUCUUUUUUUUUUUUUUUUGAAUUUUUUCGAAUUUUUUUGGCCCGAGAACUUGCAAAGUGUCUCCCAAGUUGGAAAACUUCCUGUUACAAAGCGCUAACACUGGAGACUCUUCCAUUCAUGUUAAAUAAACAUUUCAUCUUCAUAA